AAGUGGAGAGGCCCAGCAGCAGCAGCAGCACAGCUGUUUGUGAGGUUGGAGAUUUCCUGUUUCCCCAGGACUUGCAGCUAGGCUAGUGAGUGACUCACUGAGGGUUUAGCAGCCAACGGUGCCCAUAGGAAUGCAGGGAGGGCUGCGAGCCUUACAGCCCGAGCAGAGGGGGGACAGGAGGAAGGAGAACUAAGCAGCAGCCGGGGAGAAACUUUCUGGAUUACUUUUUUAAAGUUACAGUUUCAUGAGAACUGCGCAAGAUGGAUUCUGUGGGCUUUGUGUGUCUCCUGACUGUGCUCUGGGCUAUGACAGCCCCCAGUGCUUAUGCCGGUAUACCGUAUUACGGUGGAUGCUUAUUUUGUGAUGCAUUGGUAACAACGUGCACCGGAAACAAAGGUCGCUGCACCAGUAGAUGUUCACGGUAUUCGAUUUGUGAUGACAAAGAACAAAUUUGCGUGGCAAUAUGGAGAAACAACGGUUCCUCUAUAACUGAGGAAACACUAUGUCAUAACCCCAAAUUGCCACUGUAUGGACACAUGCUGGAAAGUUAUUCAACCUGUCACAUGAAAGAAAAGAAGAUACAAGGAGGAACUAUGUAUAUGUGUGCUUGCACUCAAGAUGAGUGUAACAAAGAGUUUAUAUUUAAAGAAGACGUUCUACAAACCGAUAUAACAACUCGUAAAUUUACAAUCGAAGAAGACAACUCACCAGAAGGAGAAGUCCUUCAAACAGGAAUAACAACUCAUAAAUUAACCAAAGAUAAAGACCGCUCCCUAGAAGGAGAAGUCCUUCUGACAGGAAUAACAACUCAUAAAUUAACCAAAGAUAAAGACCGCUCACUAGAAGGAGAUGGUCUUCAAACAGGAAUAACCACUCAGAAAUUAACCAUAGAUAAAGACCGCUCACCAGAAGGCGAAAGAAAUAUUUUGAAACAAGGACCUAAUGGGAUCUUCAGAACUAGAAACCUAUGCAAGUUUUGUGAUAAUGAAACAUCAACGUGUAAUUUACUCACGGGCCAGUGUGAGAGCAACUGUCAGAGAACUGCAAUUUGCGAAUUCCUUGAUGAAGUGUGCGUGACAAUAUGGAGAUAUAAUGACACCUAUAUGGGUGAUGAGACUCUAUGCCAUGAUCCCAAAGAUCCGCUAUAUGGUCACAUGCUGGAAGACUAUACCGCUACAAGUUGUACAAUGAAAGAAAAGAAGAUGGCUGGUGGAGUUAUGUAUAUGUGCUCCUGUUCUGGAGAGGAGUGUAAUGCUGUCUAUAAGAUAGGAGAAGAACAACAAAGUUCUGGAUGGCCAGACACAACCUUUGUUGCACUGUCAAGUCUUCUUCCUCCAGUUGCAGUUGCAAUUGUAGUCAUUUUCAUUUUUUACUGUUACCGUAUCCACGGUAAGAAAAAGACUAAGAAGAGGUGGGAAAAUAAUCCAAAAUGCAUGAGACACCCAAAUAUGGAAUGCAGCGAUGCCUGUGCCAUUAUGAUAGACGAUGACCGCUCAGAUAUAAGCUCAACUUGUGCCAACAACUUAAAUCACAACACAGAGCUUCUUCCCAUUGAACUAGACACCCUGGUUGGGAAGGGUCGAUUUGCUGAAGUGUACAAGGCCAAGCUCAAACAGAACACUUCAGACCAGUUUGAGACCGUAGCUGUUAAGAUUUUCCCUUAUGAAGAAUAUGCCUCCUGGAAAAUGGAGAAAGAGAUAUUUUCUGACAUAAAUCUAAAACAUGAGAAUGUUUUGCAGUUCUUGACUGCCGAAGAGAGGAAGACAGAUGUUGGGAAACAAUACUGGCUAAUCACUGCUUACCAACCUAAAGGCAAUUUGCAGGAUUACCUAACAAGGCACAUCAUUACUUGGGAAGAUCUCCUACAGCUUGGUGGCUCUUUGUCUCGUGGUGUCGCCCACUUGCACAGUGACCACACACCAUGCGGAAGACCAAAGACGCCGAUUGUUCACCGAGACUUGAAGAGUUCAAAUAUACUUGUUAAAAAUGACCUCACCUGCUGUUUGUGUGACUUUGGGUUGUCUCUCUGGCUGGACCCAACUCUCUCAGUGGAUGAUCUAGCUAACAGUGGGCAGGUUGGAACUGCCAGAUAUAUGGCCCCUGAGGUGCUAGAAUCAAGAAUUAAUUUGGAGAACAUGGAAUCAUUUAAGCAAACAGAUGUGUAUUCUAUGGCACUUGUCCUAUGGGAAAUCACAUCCCGCUGUAAUGCAGUCGGAGAAGUGAAAGACUAUGAACCUCCAUUCGGUAGUAAAGUGCGGGAACAUCCAUGCGUUGAAAGCAUGAAGGACAAUGUCCUGAGAGACAGAGGUAGACCAGAGAUUUCCAAUAGCUGGCUCAGUCACCAGGGUAUUCAGCUAGUAUGUGAAACCAUAACAGAAUGUUGGGACCACGACCCAGAGGCCAGGCUCACUGCCCAAUGUGUGGCCGAGAGAUUCUAUGACAUGGAGACUCUCGACGGAAUCUCCGAGAGAAGCUGCUCUGAGGAGAAAAUACCAGAAGACUGCACAGAAAACCCUAACAAGUGAAACACACACUGCAGAGACUUGAUACUGUACUGAAUGCAUCACUUGGGUAAACCAUUUACUCCAGAGACGUCAGGAUGAAUUCCGUUUGCAACUGGAGCAAUAGCUAAUAUAACAAUACUUCCCACCUUGGAUACUGACAUUGCCAUAGGGUGAUCAUAUAAAGAUUCCUCAGGAUAUUUUUUUUUUUUCUAAAUGGCCAUACUCAAUUUGCACUUUAAAUAUUUGUAUAAAAAUACAAAAACUGCUUUAAUGUAUGUAAGUAUUGUCUAAGAUAAGCCAAACAUAUGAUACCAGGAAUUGUACAGGACAUGGGAAAAUGAAUCUAUGAUGGCAAAGUAAUGUAUAUUGAUAGAUUUAAAAAAAAAAAAAAAAAAAAGUCAAGGCAUAAGCUGUGGUUUUAUGUCCCACAAAUAGGAAAUUUUUAUGUUUACGGGAAUAUUUGCCAUUUUGAGUCAACGCUCUUUAGCUUUAUAUUUGUCAUUUUGUGCGGUAAGGGUAAGGUGUCACAUUCUACAUCCAAUUUAUCUGGUUUCUGCUGCCUGAGAUAUGCAGAACUAGAGGAAAAUACUAUUUAAUCCCAUCCAGAAUUACAUUCAGUGCAACCUAGAGCACAUUAUUAUGUAAAGAGUGUAAAAAGUAUGUGGAACAUCUAAAUCUCCCUGAUUAGGAAGCAUAUGACAGAUGGAAUAGUACGACAAUACAAGAGAAGGUCAUAUAUUUUAAAUGAGCUAAUUGUCUUUAGUCUACUUUUCUUUUUUCAAUGAUUUAAUCAUUUUUUUUUUUUUACCUGAAUCCAACUCUGUUAAAAUAAUGCCUUUGAUUUGAUGUAAGUUAAGGGCUCAUCCAUAUGGACGCUUUAUUCAAGAAAUAUUCCUAUUGUAUCCACAUGAACAUUAAUGAAAUACAGAUAGGGGGAAUUGUUAUAGGUUCCACAAAUGCUGGAGGUUUUGCCUUUAAAAUAUAGUCAUUCUAAAAACAACCAGCAAUUCUGCAGAAACUCAACCUAAUACAGUCCCCCCACAAUGUUACAUAUAGGUGUCAAUUCAGUUAGAAGCAAUGUCAAAGGUCAUCAUUACAAUGUGAUGUGCAGGGCACAUAUACCGUAUAUAUGGCAGCCUCCGUUUGUGCAUUUUAGUAUGGGUCUGUGAUUGAAAUGUGAAAAUGAGAGGUUAUUAUGUAGUUUGCCAUUGCUGGAGAUCCAACGCUGCCAUAUUGGCACAUUGCAGGUAUCACCCACAACUCUCCCCUAAUUGAAUCAACUCCAUUGUCUCUUUGUUGCAUAAAACUGCAAAAGGUUUAUUUGUUUUAUAUAAAACCGACACAAGCUAUUGUUCUACACCAGGCAAGCCAAUAGUAUACCAACCAAGUGAUAUGUUCCUGGACAAGUACAGUAAAUUAAAGUACAAGCUUUAAUUUAAAAUCAUUUGGGUAUUGUGCCAUAAACGCAGUUGUGGGCAGAAGACAAUGGAAGGUUAGUGAAAGGGUUGGGUAAGUGUUUUACCUUGUACUGGUGCUCAGCAGUAAUGUAAUACUGUAUUUCCUUCCUCUAGUCCAUCUCCCAUUUGUAUCCAUAAAUCAGUUAUUGUGGAACAAAUAUGUGUGCCUUGUAUCUGCUUCUUCAGUAUGAGUGAGGUAAACUUUGCCUCUGAUAAACUAGCUCUAGGUUAAAUCAUUAAUGAAUAUAGUAAAAAGCAAAUGCUAUAAAAAGUUUCUUAAUUAGGGAGAGGGGUAAAUACUUUCUCAAAGGCUAAAUUUAUCUCACUUCUAUCCCGAUUGAAUAGAUUCCAGUUUAAUCUGCCGUUUCAAGCUGAGACUAGAGCCAGACUGUUUCAUACAUGGCGAGGGUGAUCUGUCAGCUUGGUUUGAGCACAUACUGAGAAUAAUGGCAAUAGUAUUUACAGUACAUGCAACAAUAUGGACAAUCAUAAAAUGGCAUCAGUGAUUGUUGCUGACAUUUAAUAGCGUUUCAGUGCCAACGAUUUGCCACAAAAUACUUUUUGGAUUUGUAUUGACUACCAAUGCAACCUGGUUUUACAUUCGCAUAACUAUUACGUAAGCCUGAGUUCCUGAGUUUGGUUGAAACACUAGUGUAUGGGGACCAGGCGUGAGGGAGUGUCAGUGGUAGGUUAAUCUUUGGACCACUGAUUCUGGGGGGAUGCAGUCAGUUUACCUACAAUCAAAAUCCAGACGUUCAAAAUCCCGACACCAAUUGACCGAUGGUCAAAAUACCGACAUUUAAAAUACCGACAAGGUCAAAAUACCGACAUGUAAAAUGCUGACAGGUCAAAAUACUGACAUGAGUUUUUCAUGAUUUUUUUUCAUUGAAACCGACUUGUUCGUACUUUACCAUCCCAGUGGACCUGGAGGGGGAAUAUAAUAGUAUGCCAAGCGCAGCGAGGCACCGUGCCCGAAGCAUGGCGAGCGGUACACUUUAUGUGGUGUCCAUGUUCACUUAUGUCGACAUACACACACACAAAAAGCAUGUCGGUAUUUUGACCUGUCGGCAUUUUACAUGUCGGUAUUUUGACCUUGUCGGUAUUUUAAAUGUCGGUAUUUUGUCCAUGUCGGGAUUUUGACCUUGUCGGGAUUUUGACCAUCGGUCAAUUGGUGUCGGGAUUUUGAACGUCGGGAUUUUGAUUGGAGGUAUUUCAUACCGAUCCCAUUCUGGGCCACUCUAUGGAAUAAGAGCCAUGCAGGACUAAUACAAAUAUAAAUUAUUACCUAAUUCACAUAUUUUUUUCCUCAGAUUGAUUGCUUUUAUAUGUAAAAUAUUUUUUUACACUGUCCCUUACUUAUUAACAUACAUAAUGUGCAUAUAACCAAAUACAGUAUAUACACUACUUGCUCUAAAAUAUGAUAUAAUGAUGACCUUUAUUUCAAAACAGACUUGUUUUGUUUUUAUAUACAGUGACAAAAUUAAUAUGACUCAAAUUAUUUUGUGUUAUAACAAAAAUGUUAAGCUCACACAAAUGAACUAACAAAAUAUCAGUAUUCAAUUCUAAUACACAUUAUAGUCUUAUGAAAUAUGUUUUGCUUUGACAAAGAUAUGUUGCUUUAGCCUGAAUGUUGAGAGAUACAUUACACAAAGGCCCAGAUUUAUCAAGCCUUUCAGAGUGAUGAAUUGCAUGGUGAUAAAGUACCAAUCAACCAGCUCCUAACUGUCAUGUUACAGGCUGUGUUUGAAAAAUGACAGUUAGUAGCUGAUUUGGUUGGUACUUUGGGGUCUAUUCAUGAAGCAGUGAAAAGUGUGGAGAAGUGAGCCAGUGGAGAAGUUGCCCAUGGCAACCAAUCAGCAUUGAAGUAACAUUUAUAAUUUGCAUUCUAUACAAUUGUACGUUGCAGCUGAUUGGUUGCCAUGGAUAACUUCUCCUCGGGCUCACUUCUCCACUCUUUUCACUGCUUCAUGAAUAGACCCCUUUAUCACCGUGCAAUUUAUCACUCUACAAGGCUUGAUAAAUCUGGGCCCCUCUAUUUUGUCCCCCUCUAAUGAGCAACGGAACAACCGUUAAUCCAGAUGACUGAUAAGUAUUAAACAAAUAGCCAUAUUUAGUGAAGUCCUUAUUGUCAUGCAGACAAACUUCUCAAAGUACUGUAAGAAAUGGGGACUUUUUAAUAUAUAAGCAGCAAAUCAUGCUCUCCUGCUUUCCCGUACAAAAUGGGUGCAUAAGCGCUGCAGGCUUAAAAAAAGGUUAGUGUAUGCACUGCUGCAGUCAAACCCGACACUUCCCCUGUUUCUUUCCAGGGGAGAAACGUAGAUAUUGGGCGGUAUUCAAUUCUUUUCACCACCUUUUACACCCAUUCUGUUUCUGCUGAUGGGCGUAGUACUGUAUAAUCAUUUCAGCUCGCUACCCCUGGGGUAGAGAGGGCGCCCAACCCUUUACUCAGCUAAACCUGAUUACUAUGGGUGUGAUAUGCGCGAUAACGGGGAUCACUUUAGAAAAGAGAUUGGGCGUGAUAUAUCAUUUUGAAUACCGCCCAUUGUGUGGACAUACACUGGGGCAGAUGUACUAAGCCGUAGAGAAAGUGAAACUACCACCCAAUCAGCUCCUAACUGUCAUUUUAUAAACACAGCCUGUAACACUGCAGUUAGGAGGUGAUUUUAGAUCUCUCUCCUCUUUAUCACUCUCCAAGGCUUUGUACAUCUCCCCUACUAUGAGAUAUCUCACUAUGGGGUCUAUUUAUGAAACUGAAAAGAGUGGAGAAGUUUCAUUCUUACAAUAAACAUAGGAAAAUAGCAUUUUGACUGUUUCAUGGCUCUAUUAUCAGUUUUUAGAAGAAAAUAAUGGAUACUCUCCCUUUCCCUGCAAAAAAAAAAAUUUUUAUAGAUUUUUUACAUUUUACAUAUAUUUUAAUAUUGAUGUGAUUUUUUGCAGAAAUUGUGUCUGAAUUGUUAAAGUAAUUUUCUGGUAUGUUUUUGAUAAACAACAUUUGAAAGUAUUUUAUAGUUAAAAUCUAUUUACAGAUGACUGGCUCAUCUCGAAUUUCAGUCUACACAUAGUAAAGAUGAUUUCCACCACAGAGAGUGUCCUCCAUGUUAAGAGCACUGGAUGUCUGUUGUUCUGCUUGAUAAGCAGAAUUGGGAUGUAUCACAAUAUAUGUAUGCGUAGUUGGAGUUCUUCUUUAAGAACAAAUACUAUUUUGUUUUGUUUGUUACCUUUCUACGCUACAUGUCAUUGUCAGCCUGCUGAUUUACAGUUCCAGAGUUUCAGUGUAAAGAACGCAAUCGCAGGCAGAGUGCGAAUAUUCAAACUAUGCAAUUUAGGCAGAUAGCUAAUUUCUACUAAAGGAGAAAUAUGUGUUAUAAACAAGUAUAAUUGAUACAAACAUCAGGACAUUUUAUUGAGGUUCAUUUCAAAAUGUAUAAUGUAAGACAUAGGAAUGUGAAUUAUAUAUAUAUAUUAAUAUAUCAGAAUAUAUGAAGCACUCCUAAUUAUUAAAAGUGCCCACAUUGUAUACAUGUACAUACAAUAAAUAAAACUAUAACUCAUUA